GACCGUGGGUCCCUUUGGUAAUAGAAUAGCCAAUGUAAUUUGACACUUCAACUUACUGCGCUCUCUCCGAGUCUAUUCAGUUACUCACCCACUGACGUUGAGCCCGUUCUCAGUGGCCGUGAGGGGGGAAGAUAUUUAAAAAACAGGAGCCGAAAAUUACCGGAGGAGUUUCUGCGCGUAAUAAGCCCGGGCCUGGAGACGUGAGGUGCUGGAGUGUUUCUCUUCCUCGGGUGUGAAUGGGUGGGGGGGUCCUGGUGGCGACAAAUCAAGGAUAGAAGUCGACACAGGUGGAAAUAAUCUUUGAAAUCUGGAUUGUGGAAUCUGGUUGCCACUUGCGGGUUUUUGUUGGUCUCCAGAAGCUUCUCAGCUGCAUCGCAAAAGACGCCAAGAUUGGCUGAGGAGCAACCGGUAGUCUGUCACGUCACUCGGCCACGACACGAGCGCUCCAGUUUAAUGGCUGGCAGGUAGAGGCCAAAGAGGGACAAUCAACAUGAACUCGAUACCGUCGAUGGACAGACACAUACAGCAGACCAAUGACCGUCUGCAGUGUAUCAAACAGCACUUACAAAAUCCAGCAAAUUUCCAAACGGCAGCAACCGAACUGUUGGACUGGUGUGGCGACCCCCGAGCCUUCCAGCGUCCCUUUGAGCAAAGCUUGAUGGGAUGUCUAACGGUGGUGAGCCGCGUAGCAGCGCAGCAGGGCUUCGACUUGGACCUGGGCUACCGGCUCCUGGCUGUGUGCGCUGCCAACAGGGACAAGUUCACUCCAAAAUCAGCAGCUCUUCUGUCCUCCUGGUGUGAGGAGCUGGGACGCCUCCUCCUCCUCCGUCACCAGAAGAACAGGCAGAACGAGCCUCCGGGAAAAGUGCCCAUGCAGCCCCCCAUGAGCUCCAUGAAGCCCGGCCUCUCACACGGAGAUGGGUCUUUUCCCUAUGACUCUGUUCCCUGGCAACAGAACACCAAUCAGCCUCCAGGUUCUCUGUCUGUGGUGACCACUGUGUGGGGAGUGACCAACACCUCGCAAAGCCAGGUUUUGGGGAACCCCAUGGCCAAUAACAACAAUCCCAUGAACCCCGGGGGUAACCCUAUGGGCUCGGGCAUGUCCGGUAACAACCCGGGGAUGAACUCGCCUCAGUUCUCCGGUCCUCAGCAGCAGUUCCCCAACAAAGGCAACUCCAACCAGGGCUACAUGCAGCAAGGCAUGUACGGACGCCCCAACUACCCCGGAGGAGGAGGGUUCGGUGGAAAUUACCCUGGAGGGCCUAAUGCUGGACCCGGUGGAAUGGGCAUCCCUCCACACUCCCGUCCUCCGUCAGACUUCACCCAACCUGCCGCUGCAGCCGCCGCCGCUGCAGUCGCCGCCGCUGCCGCCACGGCGACCGCCACUGCCACGGCAACUGUCGCUGCCCUGCAGGAAACCCAGAACAAGGACAUGAACCAAUACGGACCGAUGAGUUCCUCUUUCCAGAUGGGACCAAACCAGGCGUACAACAGCCAGUUCAUGAACCAGCCGGGACCUCGCGGACCCCCAUCCCUCCCUGGCAACAUGGGCAGCGGCAUGAACACUUCCAACAUGAGUGGCCCCCCCAUGGGGAUGAACCAGCCCAGGGGCCAAAGCAUGGGGCCUUUCGGGGCCCACGGCCAAAGGAUGCCCCAGCAGGGAUACGCGGGUCCGAGGCCGCAGGGCAUGGGUAUGCAGGGCAUGAAGAGGCCGUACCCAGGGGAGCCAAACUAUGGUGGGCAGCAGUACGGACCAAACAACCAGUUCCCCAACCAGCAGGGCCAGUACCCUGCCCCCAACGCCUCCAGGCCGCUGCCGUCCCCCAACUACCCCGGCCAGAGGAUGCCUGGACAGCAGAUGCAGGGCCAGUACCCACCCCCCAGCGGCGCCAUGGGCCAGUACUACAAGCAAGAGCCUCCUUUCAACGGCCAAACGAAUAACUUCUCUGGGAGUGGAUAUCAGUACAACCAGGGAAACAUGAAUGGGCCUCCCCGACCUGUGGGUAACUACCCUCACUCCCCAGUGCCAGGAAACCCCACCCCCCCAAUGACCCCAGGAAGUAAUAUCCCUCCAUAUCUGUCGCCAAACCAGGAUGUGAAGCCGCCCUUCCCUCCUGACAUCAAACCAAAUAUCACCGCUCUCCCUCCCCCUCCAGCCAACCACAACGAGGAGCUGCGCCUCACGUUCCCCGUGCGGGACGGCAUCGUCCUCGAGCCCUUCAGGCUAGAACACAACCUGGCCGUCAGCAACCAUGUCUUCCACUUACGUCCAUCUGUACACCAGACACUCAUGUGGCGGUCGGAUCUGGAGCUGCAGUUUAAGUGCUACCACCAUGAAGACCGCCAGAUGAACACCAACUGGCCGGCAUCGGUUCAAGUCAGCGUCAACGCCACGCCACUUACCAUCGAGCGGGGAGACAAUAAGACUUCCCACAAACCCCUGCACUUGAAACAUGUGUGCCAGCCGGGAAGGAACACGAUCCAGAUCACAGUCACUGCCUGCUGCUGUUCGCAUCUGUUCGUGCUGCAGCUGGUCCACAGGCCCUCGGUCCGCUCUGUCCUCCAGGGCUUAUUGAAGAAGAGGCUUCUUCCUGCAGAGCAUUGCAUCACCAAAGUCAAAAGAAACUUCAGCAGCGUAGCAGCGUCAUCAGGCAACGCCAACCUCAACGGAGAGGACGGGGUGGAGCAGACGGCCAUCAAGGUUUCCCUGAAAUGUCCAAUCACCUUCCGGCGAAUACAGCUUCCAGCGAGAGGCCACGACUGCAAACACGUUCAGUGUUUUGAUUUGGAAUCGUAUUUGCAACUGAACUGUGAGCGGGGGACAUGGCGAUGUCCAGUGUGCAAUAAAACAGCGUUGUUAGAAGGCCUCGAGGUGGACCAGUACAUGUGGGGAAUCUUAAACGCCAUCCAGAAUUCGGAGUUCGAGGAGGUGACGAUCGACCCGACGUGUAGCUGGCGGCCGGUGGCGAUCAAAUCCGACAUCCACAUUAAAGAGGAUCCGGACGGACCGCUGGCCAAGAGGUUUAAGACAAUGAGCCCCAGUCAGAUGAUCAUGCCCAACGUGAUGGAGAUGAUCGCUCAGCUCGGACCGGGGCCGUCGCCGUACCCGUCGCUACCUGCUCAGCAAGGAGGCAACAACAGCGAAUACAGCAGUCAAGGCAACAGUUACCAGGGACACGGGAACUUCGACUUCCCCCACGGUAACCCCGGUGCGACGUCGAUGAAUGAUUUCAUGCACGGCCCACAGCUGUCCCACCCCCCGGACAUGCCCAACAGCCUGAUGAGCCAAGACAAGCCCCUGUCCCACAACAUGCCUGACUCAAUACCUCACUCUGCCGCCAAUGACCCGUCUCAUGGCUCGUUGCAGCAGAGCUUACAUGCGUCUCCUCACCCUGGGAGCCAAUCAGGGCAGCAGCUCCACCACAGCGGACCGCCUCAGCCGUCGCGGCAGGCUCCGCCCCCUCAGCAGCAGCAGCCGCCCCCACCGCCGCAGCAGCAACAGCAGCAGCAGUCCGGCCCUAACAACCAUCCCCAUGGCGACCUGUCCUUCAACCCAUCCAACAGUUUGGACGGCCAAGCGGGGUCGGACAUGCCGGAGCCAUCUUUAGACCUUCUUCCAGAGCUCGCAAACCCAGACGAGCUGUUGUCGUACCUGGACCCCCCGGACCUCCCCAGCAAUAGCAACGACGACCUUCUAUCGCUCUUCGAAAACAACUGAGGCCAUUCAGACACAUAUGAACUUCUCUGACAGCCUGCAGUUUCCCUGAGAACCCAGGGCGCUCGCUCAGUACUUGACAAACACAAAGAUGCACUCCCUUUCUCUUCUUCCUCUUGUACAGUUUUCAUUCGCCAGCGCAGAUUGACUGAAAGAGGUUAAAACACAAAGACACGGCAGGAUGGAAGGGGGCGGGGUCAGGGGUCGGCCCCGCCCUCUCGCUCCCUGUUGCGAUACCUAUGAACUGUGCAGCUAUACUCAGUUGAUUUUUUUAUGCCACACACAGGUGUUUGUGUGCACAUUAGGAACGUGUUGUAGCAUUUUUUAACCAUGUUUUGUUUCCUUUUUGAGAAAAAAGGAAUUCACUGUAAAGAGAAAAAGAAAAAAAAAAAAAACCUGCGCUAUCUGGCCGGUGUGCAUUUCUGUCCAUGUAAUGUUAUUCCAGUCUGAGAGGCCACAGCUUCCUGUUGUCACAGCUCCAUUCCCUCACUGGUUAGUCUGGUUCUGUUCUGUUCUCCACACAUUACGUAAAAAGCACAAGAGAUUUCGGCAAUGCAAAAAAACAAAACAAAACAAAAAAAAAAAUCUGUCUUUACAACAAAAAUCUGUCAAAAAUGUUUUUUAGAGCGGUUUUUUGCUGAAUGCCAACAUUUUAAAAAGCUUUUUGGGAAUGAUCGGCUUCCACUUUGUCUACGAUUGUGAUACAUACAUAAAUAUUUUUGUCAAAAAGAGAUAUCCUCUGAGGGUUGACAGCUGGAACGGAUUUCGGCCUUUAAUCCACACAACACACACAAACACAAAGAAAAAAAACACACAUUUGUACUUCACCGUAUUGUAUAGUAGUCAUCCUCCUUUAAUGGAAAUGAAAGGUACAAUAUGAGAGAUUGGGGUUCCUGUGACGAUCCUGCUGCACUUAUUGCUUCCUGCUAAACCUCCUUCCACGCCGUCUGCUCUGCAUGAGCCUGGUGUCACUUGUGCGUGUGUUUUAUUUGAUUAUUUUUUAUUUUAUUUUCACUAAGUUCUCUCCCCUUGUUAAAUAAUGUUCCAGUAGUCUACAAAGUGCAUGUGUGCCAAGCCCUCGUCUAGUGCUGUUCCAAGUGGUUAAAAAAACAAAAAAUAUAGUUUUUUUUUUUUUGUACAUUUGUUUUAUGAUUUCUGUCUAGUCUGAUUUAUUUAACACUAACGUUGAAGGGAUAAAGCUGUCAGCAGUACACUUAUCAUGUAUUUGCUGAUUUUGUUUUUUUUUUUUUCUGGUUUUUAUUUGGAUUUUUUUUGUUGUCGUUGCUGCAUAAUUACACUAUCCAUAAAUCGUUUUUUGGGAAACUGCUCACCAAAGUUAGAGGGAUGAGAACGGAGAUGUUUGUGUUUGCUUGGUGCUGUGUAAGACUGAGAGUAUGUAUGUGUGUGUGCGUGUGUGAGUGUGUGUGAGUGUGUGAUAGGAGGUCGUAUAUACAGUAGCGGAGGUUUUAUCCGUCGCCGCUGUUCAAAAAGAAGUGGUUUUUAAAGCAGUAUUGGUGCAGACCUUUUGCCACAUUUGUUUUCAGCUUCACUUUUUUGAGAAGAGUGCUGUUCAGUAUGCAAAUGUAUUAUUUUUUAAGAAAUGCUAUUGUACUGUAAAUAUCAUUGUGAAUAUUUUUGUAUCAUCUUAAUAAUGUUUGUCCUUCGAUCAUUAGUCGUUCGACCUAACCCGCUCCUCAGAUCCCACCUGACCACUGACUAUGUUUGUAACCAGCAUACGACAGCUGUCUCGUCUUCUUGCCGCUGGGGAAAAAAAAAAACAAAACAAACCAGCAAAACGUCUCAUAAGCUAUUCCCUCCCGGUGCGCUCUGUCUCACACCUGUCGCAUGCAGACAGGUGUCUCGUACCCCCCCACACCCCUUACCCCCCCAGCCACCCUGCAUCAGCUCAAAGUGAUCGUAUAACAUAUAAGUUUUCUAAAAAUGUCACACCUCAAGCUCAGUUUGAAGCAAUAUUUCCUUUCUGAUGUAUUUGAUUGAUUGUCGUCUGCUCAUGACUUUAUGUUUUCCAUUAUUCUGACCAGUAAUGGUUUUUAAAAAGACGUGGUAUCAGCCGGCUUUCAGUGUAAUUAGUAAGUGAGCUAUGUGAAUAUCAUAAUUGUUGCUAAUUGUGGAUACACAGUGGUAUUUUAAAGAUAUAUCACAACCAUAUUUUAAAGAAAUUCAUGAUAUUGUUUAUAUUUUUGUUAUAAAAUGUGGCUUUUUUAAAAGCAUGAGACCAUAUACAUUUUUAUCCCCUUUUUUUGGUAAAUUAUUUUGUACUGGUUUUCUUAUUAAACUGUAAGGCUAGAAAUCCAAUUUCUUUCAAUUGUAGCUGAUUAUGUGCUGGUUCAAAAUCUGCUUUUUUUUGUUUGUUUGUUUGUUUGUUUGUUUAAUGUUCAUGUAAAAAAUAUAAUUUGUUCCAGUACAACACGCUGACAUGUUUCAUAUUUCAGUCACUCGUGAAGUCCAUCUGUUAACAACACGCUGCCACAUUAUGUUCAUUUUUUUUAAUAUCUGAAUUGAAACUUUUAAUCAGUCCCAUGGAAGUUGUUAUCAUUUCAUAUUAUGUACAAGUUGAGCCAAUUUGAUGUGUUAGGCAUCACCCCAAAUCUGUAGUUGCACAAUCACAAUUAAGGGCCAUUUCUCUGGGGGAAGUUGUUUAAGAAAAAAAAAUAAAAAUAAAGCAAAAAAAUAAAGCAAAAAUUAAUUUAAAAAUUUUAAAAAAAAUACAGAAUGGAAGGGCACGUUCAUCAAUUGGCCUGGAGAUGAUUUUUUUUUUUUUUGGGCAAAGCUUGGUCAAACGUCCCGAGGAUGCCUGUAUAUAUGUAAAUGAAUAUAGAGACAUGUGAACAGAAAUGUAUUCAUUUUCCCUGGGAAUGUGCAUUGUUUCUUCAGAAUAAUAAAAAGCUUGCAACCCCUCUGCUGGAAGUGGCUGAAUAUGGAAAAUGAAACUUGUUAGUUAGUGUCUGUGGGUAUCUCUCAGCAUUUUGUUCCCCCCUCUGUAUAAUACUUUCACCUCUUCUGUUAGGGGAACUGGGACAGCUAUGUUUUACAUGUAAUAUUUAGCCUCUGUGUUCUAGUCUGUCACCUGCAUACUCUGAGGUGCUAAAGAUUAAAAAAAAAAAAAAAAAAAAAAGGUUACAAAGAAAACCCAGGGGAACGCUCGGAGGGGUGGGAGAAAGGCGUGUGCAGCAGCGGGAGGGAGGGACGGGUCCAGAAGAUUGUAACCAGAUCCAUAGUUUGUACAAUUUUUGAUAUCAUGAACAGAAAAUGAUACAAUCUAAGGUGAUUCAUUCAUUCAUUGUCUCUAUGUUUGUACAUUGUAUGUACAAUCAUUUCAUAUUCUAAACUGGUCAGAAAAUAAAGGAACUAAUUGUGAUUUUUAGUCUUGCAGAACUGUAUGUAGUUAGAUGAUGUGACAACCUAAUAUUUAUCUAAUAAAUAUGUAUUCAGAUGAUACCUGUA